CGAUCCUGAAACGAACAACAAUAUYCCAAGGGUGUGUUCAUUCCGUAUCAUUCCUUGAAAGCAGSGAAAAUACAAUGGCGAAUCGGAAAACCAUGUCGAAACAGUCGGCUUUGUUCUGCGUGKUGAUGGCUUCCUGUGCCUUGCUGGCGGAAGGAUUUCUUCCUUGGUGUCCCGCCAAGCAGGCUUCGACGACCCAAACAGCGAMAACGACAACACCUGUCGCUUCCAAGGUCGCGUUGUCCUUGCUGGGUUCGAACAACGGCGAGGUCGGAAAGGGAGACAACUGGCUCGAAAAAUCCUUCCCGGUCGGCACCGACGAAAAAAUCAGCCCGAAAUCCAUCGAAGACUACAACGUCGGGGUUUCGGGAAGGGAUUUCCAGACGGGGCCGCUGAGCAAGCGGAUGUACGACGCCAUUUCUUCCAUGAACAACCAGAUGGAGAUGAGCGACGAAAUCAGGCAGGCCUUCCACCUGUACGCGAUGGACUUUACGGCCAAGGAGGCAACGGGGGCGGCCCUGAGACAGAACGGAUUGCAGAUGAUGCUCAUGGAAGAGGAAGAAGACCAGGGGAUGUGGGGGGACGUCGAGGCGGUCCGCCUCUACGACAGCUCUGAGAAACCUGGCAGCAAACUCUACGACUCGCUGGAAGAAGCGAUCGUGGACUGGACGCCCGGGCAGACCUUUGACUUCGUGGUCCGCCAGGUUCCGGCAAAGAUGAGGGAGCUCAGCGUCGACGAGCUGGURCAGGCCCUGGACCCGGAGGGCAAGCUGCGCGAGGAGGCCAAGGAACGCCGGGGCGACGACGAGGGGGAGCCGGACGAGGAGGCCCUCCUAUCGAUCAUCGACGACGGGAUGACGUCCCUUUCGGACCUCGCCAGCGACAACGUCCGGAGGGUGGAGGAGGCACCCCGGGGAUCGACGGAUGCSGAGAACGCGUACGGCGGGGCCGAUUCCAGGGGGUACCGCGUCAUCAAGCGGAGCGACCUGUCGCGGGAUUCCAUCAACGACGACGGGACCGAAAACGACCAGAGUAAGUAUUGUUUGGAARCAUUCUCUCGCUGUUCUGGGUGGAUUSGCGUACCUUUGUGGUUUGCUCUGACGACAAACCGCCAACCUUUUGUUUCUUCUUCAUUGCACCAGCCGUCCUUCACGUUAUGAAUGCGUUGGUGGCGCACGGAGUCCUGCUCGUCGAUCUCACCGAUGGAGGUGCUUCCUUCAAGGACGCGGAGGUGAUGAGCCGCAUGUGGAAGACRGCGGACGAGUUCUUYGAAAAGGCUUCGGAUCCGGCCGUGGCCGAGGGUCUCCCAGGCAUGACCACGGUCAUGGAGACGGGAUCCCAGCACGCCAUGGUGGGCUACAGCGARUACGACUCGGGUUCCAUGAAGUUUCUCGAGACGCGGCGGGAACGAKCCAGCGGGACCAUCCUYCCCGAGAAAACCAGGGACGUCGUGGGAGAGGACGGAAUCUCGGCGCUGAGAUCCUCCUUCGACCUCAUCGCCCAGGCAGGAAAGGACGUCGUCCGGAUCGCGGUGGCCGCGAGCAGCGUGGAGAACGGGGCCUUYUUCGACUCGGACGCCGAAGACGAGGAGGCAGCCGAGCGCGACCAGAUGAUCCGGGCGUCCCAGGGAGCCACGCUGCUGGCCAACGAGCUCGUSGACGACGGAAAGCCCCUCCCGUCGGGGGUCCAAAUCGACCACUCGGAGGGCAAGGCAUCGAUGAGCCCCUAUCGGCUCUGCCGGUACACCGACGCCAGGGAGGAAACCGGCAGCUCCCGCGAGGUAUUUGGCGCCCACACGGAUACGUCCUUCGUCACCGCCGUUCCCGUAGCGGAAAUCAGCGGCCUGGAGGUCUACGACGAGGCCGCGGAGAAGUGGUACCGACCGGARMUCCGGGCCAGGAGGCACUGGGAGGAAGAGCAGGCCGCACUGGGAAGGGAUCCCUCCCUCCAGUACGACGAAACGAGCGACGGCACCCAGAUCCCGUGGCACUCUCGCUACCUGGCCAUCAUGCCCGGCGAGAACCUGCAGCUCGCGACGCGGAACGAGAUCCCGGCCGCGAUMCACCGGGUGGUCGCCGUCAAGGGCGGUCCAGCACGGGUGAGCGCACCSGUCCUGCUGCGCGGGAGGCCGGGGACCAAGUUCCUGACCGACCGGUACAUCGGGGGCUGGCUUGGAGACCAGCUCAUACUGGACGCCGACGGCCUGUCGAUGGAGGAGAUUCACGAGAAAAACCAGCCACAAUCCUUUCAAUGAUAGAUGCUUCGUUGCACUGUGUGCUCGUUUGUAGAAACUUAGCUGGCCUUGGGCUCAUGCGUAUGCGUACUCAUGUUUAUAUUUGUAUCUCCUAGACGCUAGUACAGUGCAUACAAUCAAAAACGAAUUGUUUC